AUGAAAUCCGACUUCAAACUUUCCAACUUGAUCGGAACGGUAUAUCGAGAAGGUAACCUAGUGUUUACACGCGAUGGUACCCAGCUCCUAAGUCCAGUGGGAAACAGAGUUUCCUGCUUCGACUUGAUCAAUAAUAAGUCAUUCACCUUCAACUACCAGCACCGCAAGAACAUCGCCAGAAUUGCAUUGAACAAACAGGCUACUAUGAUGCUCACAGUCGACGUUGACGGCAGAGCCAUUUUGGUGAACUUCAUGUCUCGUGUGGUACUUCAUCACUUCAAUUUAAAGGGAGUGGUUCAUGAUCUUCAAUUCAGUCCAGACGGCCACUACUUUGCUGUGGCAGUUGAUAGAUACGUGCAAAUAUGGAAGACACCUGACCAGACCGAGGAUAGGCAGUUUGCCCCCUUCGUGCGUUACAAAAACUACGCUGGCCACUACAAUGAUGUGAUUUCGCUCACAUGGUCUGCGGAUUCGAGAUUUGUCAUUUCAACAUCAAAGGAUCUCACGGCGAGAAUCUACUCAUUGCAUUCGGAAGAUAAGGAUGCUGCAGUAACGCUCACAGGUCACAGAGACUAUGUGAUGCGUGCAUUUUUCAACGAAUCCCAAGAAAUCAUUUACACUCUCAGUAAAGACGGAGCAUUGUUUGAAUGGCAGUAUAUUCUGCAAGACAGUGAUAGUGAAGAUGAGCAGGAAGAUUCUGAUGAGGAAAUGAGUAAUGACGAUGAGGACGAAGACGGGAAAAGCAAUGUUGAAAAAAUCGAUAAGUCGAAGUGGACCAUCACCUCGAAGAACUAUUUCCACAUGGAAGGUAACAGAGUUAAGUGCGCCGACUUUCAUUCCACCAGCAACAUCAUGGUUGUGGGAUUCACCAACGGUGAGUUCAGAUUGUACGAGCUUCCCGAUUUCAACUUGAUUCAGUCGCUCAGCAUGGGCCAGAAUGCCGUGGAUACUGUGACCAUCAACAAGUCCGGAGAAUGGUUUGCAUUUGGAUCUUCAAAGGCUGGACAGUUGCUUGUGUAUGAAUGGCAGUCUGAAUCGUAUAUUUUGAAGCAACAAGGCCACUUUGACCGCAUGAACGCCUUGUGUUACUCUCCAGACGGAUCCAGAGUGGUGACGGCAUCAGAUGACGGAAAAAUCAAGGUUUGGGACAUCAACUCCGGGUUCUGUCUCAUGACAUUCACCGAACAUACAUCUUCCGUGACAGCGGUCGCAUUUGCAAAGAAGGGCCAAGUGAUGUUCUCGUCGUCCAUGGAUGGAACGGUGAGAGCUUGGGAUUUGAUCAGAUUCAGAAACUUCCGUACAUUCACAGCUCCCGAGAGAGUGCAAUUCAACAGUUUGGCUGUGGAUCCUAGCGGAGAAGUUGUUGUGGCCGGAUCGCAGGAUGAGUUCGACAUCUACGUUUGGUCUGUGCAAACAGGAGCCUUGUUAGAUACUUUGGGGGGCCACGAAGGUCCGAUUUCAUGUUUGGCAUUUGGAACUGAAAACUCUGUUUUGGCGUCCAGCUCUUGGGACAAAACCAUCAGAAUAUGGAACAUUUUCAGCCGUAGUCAGCAGGUGGAGCCUAUUGAGGUUGAACACGAUGUUUUGGCAUUAACAAUGCGUCCCGACUCGAAGGAGAUCGCAAUCAGUACAUUGAACGGCUACCUUUUGUUCUUCGAUACCGAAGAGGCAAAGCAGACUCACACGCUAGAUAUCAGAAAGGAUGUUUUUGCUGGUAGACACUUGGAGGACCGUUUCGCAGCCAAAAACUCUGCCAGAUCCAAAAACUUUACCACAAUCGCCUACUCAUUUGAUGGACAAGCACUCAUUGCCGGAGGUAACAACAACAGCAUUUGUCUUUACGACAUCGCCGACGAGGUUUUGUUGAAGAGAUUUGUGGUUUCAGAAAACAUGACAUUAGAUGGAACCUUGACCAUGUUAAACAGUAGUAAAAUUACCGAUGCCGGAAUUUCUCUGGACUUGUUGGAUAGACAAGGUGAAAACAGUGAUCGUGAAGAUCGUGUGGACCUGAGCUUACCAGGAUCUCACCGAGGUGACCCCAGCGUUCGGAAUCUUCGACCACAGAUCCGUGUGACCUCAUUAGAGUUUUCUCCAUCAUCGUCUGCAUUCGCAGCCGCAUCUACAGAGGGACUUUUGAUCUAUUCUACAGACAACACGGUAGUGUUUGAUCCUUUCGACUUGGAUAUUGACGUUACCCCUGCGGGUGUUCAUGAAUGUUUGCACGAAAAGCAAUAUACUCAUGCAUUGGUGAUGGCCUUCAGAUUGAACGAACAAUACUUGUUGGACAAAGUCGUGGAGAGGAUCCCACCUAAAGAUAUUCAGCUUGUAGUUGGAGAUUUACCGGAGAUUUACGUGAACAGACUUCUCAAGUAUUUGGGAGAGAAAUUGAACCGGGCAGACGGAAGUCAUCACAUUGAAUUCAGUUUGAUUUGGGUGAAGGAGACCUUCAACAGACAUGGCCGGUACAUUAACAGCCACAAAUUUGAGAUGCAACCUAAUGUUAGACUUAUUCAGAGAUUUUUGGCUAGAGUGGCUAAAGAUGUUGUACAGGUUAGCAAAAAGUCUGGAUAUCUCCAUAGUUAUUUGGUUGCAGAUCAUGAGGUGGAGGAAGAAGAAAAAGAUAGAGAAGAAGAAGCAAAUGGAGUUAAUGGACAUGAAGUGUACGAAGACAGUGACAUUGAGGCUGAAGACGAUACCCACAAAAGUGACACUGAGGAAUACGAGGAGUGGCACGGUAUGGACGAAACAGAUAUGACAUCCGACAGCAGAAAAAUCACCCACGAUCAAUUUGCCGAGUCGGACAGUGACAUGGAAGACUAG